AUGAAGCUGCUAAAAGUGACCCCCGAAAAAAAAAUAGAAUUUCCUAUGGUACAUUUCCAAGCAGUGACGCAAGUGGUUAAACUAGAAAAUAUAAGCGACAGGAAAGUGGCAUUUAAAAUUAAAACCACGGCGCCAAACAAUUAUCUGGUUCGACCAUCCUUUGGCCUAAUUAACGUACAAGAAACAAUUGAUAUUCAAAUUAUUUUGCAACCCUUAUCCGAUAAGGACAAUAUUUCGAAUGAUAAAUUUCAAGUCCAAUGUUUAAAUGUCGAUGAUAACACCACCGUCGACAAGCAGUUCUGGGUCACUGUUAAUAAAAAUGAAAUACAAGACCAUAAGUUGGUCGUUGUGCUCAACGACGAAAGUUCCAGCAAAGGACCACACUCCUACCUCCCCUCAAAUAAUAACCCUCUCUCGGAAAUUAAUAACAGGAGUCACAAUUUAAAUUACGCGGAACAUAAUUUAAAUGCGGACGAUGCCAAUAUGGCGGAAGGCAUAAAAGGUGGCCUACCAGGUAUGCAGAGGAAAUAUCAUGAACUCCUAAACUACUGCGUUUUUGUGGAUAAACAGAAAGCGGCACUGGAGAAGGAAAAUGAAAGUUUGAAAAAUCAAUUAAAGGCAUAUAACAGCAACUGUAACAAGCUUUUCGUAGACAAUAAACUCAUACCGAUAAUCGUUGUUAUGUUGGCCGUCGUCACCAAGUAUAUGGGAUAUUGGUAA